AUGGUAAAACCCACUCCACAAAACCUCACGCGAACGUUCAAAGACCGAAGUAUUGGCAUAUGUCGCAAAGCCGCACAGCUCCAUUCUAUCGAUAGCAGCAUCCGCAUAGCUAUUAUCAUCGAGAAACCCGGCCAGCGGCCCUUCGUAUUCUCCUCUGAGGAGCAGGGUUUUCAGUGGCCGAUUCUGAUGGAACAAUACGUGCAUGCUCAGACGCCGAUUGUAAAACGGCCAUCUCAUUUUGUAUUUCUGAAUGAGGGCCUUUCGAGAGGAAGGGUAAAGGUAGUCAAGCCAUCUUCC